AUGCUUCGCACGGUCAUCUUCCUCCUGGCUGCCCUGGUCGCGGGCGCCCUCUGCGGUCCCAUUACGUUCGAGGCUGCUGUUGCUCAGCGAGACACGGCGGCAGACAUCAACUGUGUUCCCUACACGGUGGCGCCCGUCGAGACCGAGUACUCGAACGUCAUUAGCUGGAUCUACUUGAAUGGGCCGACGUUCCUCAAUCCUGGCACCGACAACCGCGUUCAAGGCACCGUGGGCUGUUGCAUGGCGAGCCUGUGCAACCUUAAGGGCUCUGGCAUCGUAGUCGACCGUCACACCCUGGCGGGUGAUCUCUGGGGCUCCGUCUACACCAGCUGCAUUCGUAAGGGUGUUUGGGGUGACUGGUUCACCAGUGACCUAAAGGUCUACUUCUAUCCAGCUCCUCCCCCUCCGUAA